AUGGACAGCAUAGCCGAGUUGAGCGACUACCAAAAGAACAUAUGUUUGGAGUUCAUUCUGAUCAAAUAUCUUGAGGCGAAUAAGACCAAGGACAACGACAAGAUUGAUGUGUGGCUGGUUGGGGACGAGAGCGGCACAAUCGAGUUUGGAGUGUGGAACUGCUCUCUAAAUCCCGGGGACGUAAUCCAUCUUUCUGGAGGAUACACGUCAUUGUUCCAGGGGAAGAAGCGGCUCUUCGUGUCCAAGGCUGGAUGGGUCAGCAGGGUGAGGACCUUCAGAAAGACAUUCAAAGCAAGCGAGUGCCACCGGGAAAUGCUCGAGGAUCUCCUGCGAUAG